AUGGCUGAAUCUACAACCGAUGAGCAGUGUCUAGCUCCAGAGCUUCGCCAUGCUCUUGAUGACCUGAGAACAGCUGUCCAUUCGGCGAAUUGCUGUAUGACUACCUCCCGCUUUCUGGACUCGUUCCCGAACCUCAGUACCCAGCACUCGGAGAUCCAGAGAGCUGUCGAAAAGGUGGCUCGGUUUUCGCGGGACCAGGACAAUAGCGCUGCUCAGGCCGUGCAAAAAGCCCGAUCAGCAUUCGAAGCUCUGUCUCCUGAACAUCAGCACUGCUUGAUGCAGUACUAUGGGGAAGAUCUCGGAUUUUACCUCGAAAUCCCCACUCCCCCGGACCUGUCGCAUACUCCCACCUCAGUCAAGGAAUUCCAGGUCUUGCUAUUUGAUAUAGAAAAUCUCCACCGUGCACUCGCCCGGGUACGUGGAGUAGAGGCGAGCAUCACCAACGUCUUUUUUUGGCUACCGUCCAUCCAACGACUGAUGCGGGAAAAUCGGGACGAGGAAUUGCGGUUGUUAGAACUACGCAGCUUGGCCGAGACUCAACUCCGUAGGCAAUUCUUUGCCUUGGAUCGGAAACAACAGGAUGUCCUCUGGUUAUGGUAUCACGAUUCUAUGGGGAUCAGUGGGAUCCAGAGGGAUGGCAAUGCGCAACACCCUUACUCAGCUAGGAACUGA